GGUAGUUGCCUAACCAAUAUACUGUACUAGCGAAAUAGUGAUAAAAAGCUUCUAAGUUCUAACAGUUUUAAUUACUAAUGUUACACUUGAAUAAUCUUGGAUUACAAUCAUCACACCAUACAAAAGGUGUGUGCCAAAAAUUAUAAGGCACGGAGGCGCUACGGCCACAGGGGACCGGUUAAUUCUUUUCAUAAAAUUUCAAUGUGUUCUGGAAAUGGUUUGCAAAGAGGACGUGGUAUCAUGGUUUAAAGAAUUGGAAAGCUAUAAACGCAUAGAUGCUAUGUGUACACUGUUAAAUAUGUGCUUGCCAUUUGAAUUACGCUUUAUAGGCACGUACCUGGAGGAGCUAGGCAAGCGGGACUUCCAGGAGUUGCGUGGUGCCGAACUUAGGGCUAACAACCCCGCAGACCUCGCCGCGGAUAUCGGUGGAGCAGACACAGACUCGAGAACGCGGCGAAAAAUGGCUUUAUAUGUGUCACUGUUACGAUCGUGUAAUUUUGUUUGUGCCACCACAUUGUACAAUGCCAUGGUCAGUUUAGAACAGAGCGGUCUGUUGAAAGGCUUAUACGGUGAUCUACUCGAAGAAAUUCUUCUAUUGUACACAAUGGCAUUACAUCAUCCAGCUUUUACGUUUGAUCAGAAGUCUCAUUUUGGUGAUAUACUAGAAAAAUUAAAAAUUGAAGACCAGAGAAUACAGUAUCAGGAACAGCAGGAGCACAUAAAUGUGGCGCCAGUGAGUGCAUGUCAUAGCCAGACUAGUAUAACUCCCAAUAUGUCAGUGCCACCACCUAAUUUAUCUGGAUUGGGCCCACCUCCUGGCCUAAUGUUUGUAAAGGCUUCCGUUGUACAGCCUACAAGUUCUGAUGCAGUGCCCGAAUUAAGUAGCCCUUCAGUGCUCGCUACUGCGGGUGGAAUGGUGCCUAUCCUCAGUGAGGUGCCCCAUCCUCCCCCUGGUCUCCCAAUCCCACAGUAUAAUGUAGGAGAAUACUUGGGCCAACAUGCUUGGCCUGCAAACAUCAUUGUAUCAACACUAAAUCAGCCACUAGAGGUAUUAAAUUACCAACCAGCUGGAGUGGCAACUCCAGGUUCACCUCUUGUAUCGUCGCCGAACGACAGUCGCGCCGCGUCGCCUCGAGCACGGCGCCGCCUGUCGCGCGAUCGCUCCCCACCUCUCGUACCAAUCCAGCCUCCUGAACAAGCUAUACCACAUUUAGCUGCCAACUUUGAGAACCUUGCAGUUGCUGAGAUGCGACAUACUAUCGGGGAGGAGAGAUUGCGCGAGAUCGCCGCCGUCCACCAGCAGUACCGAUCGCUGGAGAAGCUGAACGGCGUCAGACGGCGCGCCGCAUAUUGCCCGCCGCCGCUCUCGUCGUCGGAUAGCGGUAGCAGCGCGGCGUCGUCACCGCCCGGCACGCCCGCGCUGUCGCAACGGCGCCACACACCGUCCGCACCGCCGGGUCCGCCACCAGUGCCCUACCUGCAGUAUCCGCGCCCUUACCCUUACCCCACACCGCCGCCUGCGUACAGGCCGCCGCCGCCGCCCUUCGCGAACGGCGAGCCGCCGCCUUACUCCACGCCGGCCGCGUACCCCGGCUACGUUCCCGUGCUGUACGCGCCGCCCAAAUUGUCGUGCUGGAACUGCGGUGGCGCGGGGCAUGCGGGUCACGAGUGCAAAGAGCCCAGUAUGGAGGAGAUGACGCGUGCGGGCAGCUACCAGCUCGACUUCGGUGGGGUGCCGCCUCCUGAGACGAGCGACAAGUAGCCCGCGCCGGAGCUGCGCCGCGGCAGGUGAGCCGGUCAGUGCACCCUCGGUCCCGCAGCGCGGACCGCCGGGGCGAGCUCCCAGUCUGAAUCGCAUCACGGAAUCGGCUCGAGCUAGCACUAGGCCGUUCGGCCCGCGAGUUGAGUCCGUCGGUUCAGAAGAGUUUCAUUAUUCAAUAGGGGCUCUUUUUUAGUAAACGUGGCAUAACGUCGAAAUAGGCAGUGUUUUUCACAAUUUUGACAAAACAGUUCACAGUAAAUCCGAAGUAAUGUAAACGUUUAUUAUUAAAAUACCCUUAUGAGUAGCUGUGUCGUAGUGAAAAAGUGCAGUCGUUGAUCCGCCAUAUGCGGAGGGUUGCCCACUCCGGCGGUAAUGGCACUUUCAAUUUGACGGUAAUUUGUUAUGAAUUAGUGGCUCGAUCGACUCUGUGGUCAAAUUUGUAAUAUUCAACGAAUCUGCAAAAUCGGUUACAUUGUUUGUUUUUAGCUUAGAUUUAAUUAUGUAAAUGUAUAAAUUACAAGUACAAAAAAUGUAAAAAGGUGUAAUGCAUCGUUCGAUUGUACAAAUAAUUUUAAUUAUACUUAAUGUGUAUAAUACGCGAGUUAUUGAAUUGAAAGUGUGGUUAUUUAUUAACAGAUCUUCAACAUCAAUAGUUAUACAGGGUGAGUUUCUGAGACGGGCUUUGUUUAACCAUUAAAUCCGUCUUAGAGUAUUUAAAACAUAUUCAUUUUAGUAUAAAUACUUUUGAAAAACUGAAGGAUUAAUGAGAUGUCAAAAACUUUUUCAAACACGAAUAUAAAGGUUAGUAUUUAGAUUUUGUUUUAGAUAAAGGUACCAGGUCUCAAAAACUCACAGAUUUUAAAAGAAUUGAGGGAAUUCCGUAAUAUCUCCAGUACAUUCUCAUCAAGAUUUAAAUAACGAAA